UGGCCACUGGAAUAUAUUCUGCUAGAUCGUGACCCGCCGUGGGUUUCAGCUUAAACUUUUCGACUCACUCGUACGCCUAUAGACUGUAGAUUUUACACAAUGCAAGCCGAACCGCAGGAGCAGCACCACCAGCAGCAGCAGCCUGCUUACACCAACGGCGAAGACGACCCGACAGAGAACCAGUUCGAGAAGCUGCUGGAGGACGCAAUCGACCACAUCGACGGUCUGAUGCUGGUGCGCAUCACCGACGCUGACCGUGAAAACGUAUUCCGGGCCGCCACGCCUGUGUUCCAUGAGCCAUAUUUUGAAGACUCGCUCAUUGAAAAGUGCUACGACGCCUUUGACGACAUCAACAAGCUGCACAUUGGCGCCAGCCAGGUCCUGACGCUGAUAUACAGCGAAAUGCAGCUGGUGCAGUUCCGCGUCGGCUUGUAUUACGGCACGAUCGUAUGCGACAUGUGCGCCAACAUGGGAAUGGUGCACAGCCUGGUUGCGCGCAUCCGUGCCUGCCUCAAAGUACUGUCAGACAUGACCAAGGACAUGCACGAGGAGUGAGGUUUUGUUUGUGGUUUAAAGAAAACUGACGUUGUUGUGUAUAAAAGGGGUGGUUAAUUUCGAAAAACAAAACGACUUUCCGGCCAGAGGACUGGGUUAUCAGAGCUCUGUUUGUCUGUGUCGGCCUCGCAAAAAGGCUCAACAGGUGGGAGAGGGUGAAACGGACGGAAAAAUUUACAGGCCAAGCUCCUCCUUGGUCUGGAUGCCGAGCUCGUCCUUGACGGGCUUCAGGGCCUGCAGGUAGUCCUCGUACUGCGACUUCUUGUCGACCUUGGUCUUCAGGGCCUCAAACACACGGACACCAG